AUGGGCUUGGAGAAACUGAGGCUGUCACCCUCUAGUAUGUUUGUGAUUCUGCUAUUGCAGUGUUCUCUUUCUGGGUACCAGAUGAUAAAGGGCCCUUGUCAUAUACAAACAACUUAUAGUCCCACAUAUAGAAAAGAAGGGGACCUCAUCUUAGGAGGCUUCUUUUCAUUAUUUCUGAAGAGAGAGGAAAAAAUUAGCAAGGAGUUCUUUCAGGAUUCUUUCGUCUGGACAGCUGCAAUAUCAAAGUCAAUCAACAAUUACCAACAUUUUCUCACUUUCCAAUUUGCUGUGGAUGAAAUUAAUAAGAAUCCCCAUUUGUUACCCAACUUGACCUUGGGAUAUCAACUGCUCAAUAAUUUCUACAACUACAAAUUAGCUGUGGAGAGCUCCUUGAUAUGGCUCUCGGGGAGUGGUCCAACUAUCCCUAAUUAUAAGUGUGACAAGCAGUCCAAUUCAGUGGCUGUCAUUGGAGGAAUGUCAACCACACUGUCCAUGGCCAUGGCCACUAUUCUCAAACUUUAUAAAGUUCCACAGAUCAGCUAUGGCCUGUAUGACCUUCUCCUGUCUGAUAAGGUCCAGUACCCUUAUGUCUAUCAGAUAGGCAGCAAACAAUCUACUCUCCACCUCGCAUUCAUCCAACUGAUGCUACAUUUUGACUGGAAUUGGGUUGGAGUGGUUCUUUCAGAUGACAAAAAAGGAGAAAAUUUUUUCAGCAAUCUCAAAGAGGAAAUGGUCAGGAAUGGUCUGUGUGUGGCUUUUAAGGAAAGAGUGCCCCAAAACAUUGGAGUGGAUGAAUAUUUCAAAAUUUUUUCUAAGAUCAUGGCAUCAUCAUCAAAUGUGAUUUUCAUCUAUGGAGAUCCAGACUCCCUUUAUCAAUUUUCUACUAUACUGAUUGAUUUUGUUGUUUAUGGGAAGGUAUUAGUCACCACUUCUUCUUGGGAUUUUUCUCCAGUUUAUAAUAUUGACUCUUCUAGCCAUUUCCAUGGUACAAUAAUAUUUUCUGAUAACCAAAGGGAGCUUCCAGGUUUCACAGAUUUUAUAAAAAGCUUGAAUCCCAGAGUGACUCCUGAAGACAUUUUCCUAAAGAAUUUCUGGGAGUCAGUCUUUCUUUGCAGACUUAAAGUAGAAAAUCACAUAGAAAUGUUUUAUUCUUCAUGCCUAGAAGGACUUUCCUUAACUGAAUUACACUAUAUAAAUUUGGACAGGAUCAUAACAGAACUGAGUUCUAAUGUUUACAAUGCAGUAUAUUUAGUGGCCCAUGCUCUCCAUCACAUGCUCCAAUCUGAGGCAAGAGAGACAUCCCACCUUGGACAAAACCCAGAUCUUUCUUGGAAGAUGCAUCACUUCCUGAAAUGCACCAAUCCUGUCAACAGUGCUAAUGAUAAGUCUUGUGGGAAUGGAACCAGGAUGGCGGCUGAGACAUAUGAUAUUCUGAAUUUCAAAAGCUUCCCUAAUUCUCUUGAGAUACUGGUGAAAGUGGGUCAAGCGAUCCCUCUUAAUCAGGAAUUCAGCAUUAAUGAAGAAGACAUAGAUUGGCCAGAAGACUUUUCUCAGACUCCAACUUCCCUUUGCAGUCUGAAAUGUGGCCCUGGAUUCAAGAAGACAGUCCUUGAAGGCCAGCCUAUAUGCUGCUUUGAUUGCAUUGUAUGCCCCCAAGGGAAGAUCUCCAAUCACACUGAUGCAGAGGAGUGCCUGCAGUGCCCUGAAGAUCAGUAUCCUAAUAGGGAAAGAGAUCGUUGUCUCCCCAGGACUGUGACAUUCCUGGCCUAUGAGGAACCUCUGGGAAUGACUCUGGCCUGUGUAGCCAUCUGCUUCUCCCUCCUCACUGUGCUGGUCCUGGGGAUCUUUGUGAAGCACAGGGACACCCCCAUAGUCAAAGCCAAUAACCUCAGUCUCAGCUACACUCUGCUGGUCUCCCUCAGCCUCUGCUUCCUCUGCUCCUUGCUCUUCAUUGGCCAUCCUACCACAGCCACCUGCCUGCUGCGCCAAACCACAUUUGCAGUUGUUUUCACGGUGGCCGUUUCCUCCAUUUUGGCUAAAACCAUCACUGUGGUUUUGGCCUUCAGGGCCACCAAACCAGGGAGCAGGCUCCGCAGGUGGCUGGGAUCCACACAAUACCUCAUUGUCACCUGCACCCUCAUCCAAAUGUGUCUCUGUGGCAUCUGGCUUGGGACAUCCCCCCCCUUCCUGGAGAUGGACAUCCACUCUGAGCCUGGAUCCAUUAUCAUCCAGUGCAAUGAGGGCUCCCUCCUCACCUUCUACUGUGUCCUGGGCUACAUGGCCUUGCUGGCCUUGGCGAGCUUCACCGUGGCUUUCCUGGCCAGGAACCUGCCAGACACUUUCAACGAAGCCAAGUUCCUGACCUUCAGCAUGCUUGUGUUCUGUAGUGUCUGGAUCUCCUUCCUGCCCUCGUACCAGAGCUCCAAGGGCAAGGCCAUUGUGGCCUUGGAAGUCUUUGCCAUCUUGACCUCCAGUGCCGGGAUUCUCUCUUGUAUCUUUGCUCCCAAGUGCUUUGUGAUCCUUCUGAGGUCAGACAGAAAUACCCUGAAGAUCCUGAAAAGGAAAAGUGCUUCCUGA